UGUUAAAGGCCCUAAGACAGUACACACCCAGGACCCGCUCACCACACGGACUCAUCCGACCGCCUCAAACCGCCCAGGCCCCACCUUCACCUCCUCCUCCAGCUCCUCCUCCCCCGCACUACCUCAGCCCUGCCCGGAGCUCCAGGAUCGAGUCUGCGUGCUGCUCACUGAACUGAGGGGAGCCGGUGAAGACUGGGAGGAGAUGGGAGCUGAGUGGGGAGCUCUGUUUCGAAGUGUUUGAACAAAUGCAGCAGCUCACUUAAAUUUACCUGGGUGUUUGUGACCUCUUGUGUGAUCAGUGCAAGAUGGCCAAUCAGACUCAUUGCUACCAUGGCAUGACCAUGGGAUUCUUCUACAACAACAGCAACCAAACUAAUGAUGGCUGGCAUUCCUCGCAACUCAUCCCAGUUCAGUGUGUUGGUUCCAUCUUCUGCUUUUUCAUCUUGGUGUCUAAUGGCAUGGUGAUUGCAGCCGUCAUCACAAACAAGAGGUUUCACUACCCCUUUUAUUACCUUCUCGCCAACUUGGCUGCCUCAGACUUUCUUGCUGGGAUCGCGUAUGUGUAUCUCAUGUUCAACACGGGCGAAGUGUCACGGGUGUUGACUGUGCAACAGUACUUUGUUCGCCAGGGCAUACUGGACACAAGCCUCUCCGCUUCCCUGACAAAUCUCCUGGUGAUAGCCCUAGAGCGCUACAUCUCAGUUAUGAAAUGGAAAGUCCACAGUAACCUCACUAAGCGGCGGGUAACCCUGCUGAUAGUGCUGGUUUGGGCCGUCUCCAUAUUUAUGGCCACUGUUCCUAGCUUGGGCUGGAACUGCAUUUGUAGUCUGGAGCUCUGCUCCACUCUGGCACCAAUUUUCAGCAGGAGCUACCUAAUCUUCUGGUCUGUGUCCAACCUGGUUAUCUUCCUAAUAAUGGUGUCCAUAUACCUGAGGAUAUAUAUCUAUGUGAGGAGGAAAACAUUGGUCUUAAAAGCCCAUACGAGUGGAUCUUUAAAUCGGAAGAGGACUCCAAUCAAGCUCAUUAAAACUGUGAUGACUGUGCUGGGAGCUUUUGUGAUCUGUUGGACUCCUGGUCUGGUGGUGCUGCUACUGGAUGGAUUAAAAUGUGAGAAAUGCAACGUGCUGAAGGUCAAGCGCUGGUUUCUUCUACUGGCUGUCCUCAACUCGGUCAUGAACCCCAUUAUCUACUCCUACAAGGACGAAGAGAUGUGGACCACCUUCAAGAACCUAAUGCGUUGCGUCUGCAACGGCACCCGCCGUCAGAGGUCGUCCAGGGCCAACACCCGCUCCACCAACUCCAGCCAAGAAACGAAUAACAGCCUGCGACUCUCUGAGGAGAAAAAGACACCGUCUCAGGACAUUGUGAAGGCAUAAAGACUUUGACUUGAUAGAGAUGGUGCAGUUGCAUAAAAAGGCAUGACUAAUUUUUACAAUUUCACUAAACAUAAUAUAGUAGUGAAAUCAGUGCAGUUCAGAAGUUCAAAUGAAUCUUCAAACUGAUAUUUCAUAUUAGCAUGGACUUAAUAAAUCACUGCAUCCAGUGAAAUUUACUCCAAAGUAGAGAUCUAUGCAUUUUUGUCUGCAUUAUCUCAAAGCAGAUAUAUAGUGCUUCACAGAUUUCAGAGUGUGUUUAUUAAAAAUGGUGUACAUUUCCAUAUUGCAUUUUUGUGUAUAGAGCUUAGUUUUUAUACUUUCCAAGCUUGAACUUAAUUUCUGUAUUAUUUUAAUCAGCAAGGUGCUUUAGAUCAGUAAGCAUUCCCUAGACAAGGAUUAAAAGAGUAUUAUCCAGAUUCUCUUUAAUUCAGAGAUUGAGAUGUAAACAGUCUUUUAAAGAUGUUUGGUUUAAAGCAGUGAAUUGUAAAGACUGAAUGUGAAUCCUUAUUUUAUUUACAGUGCUGGUGACAGAAACCCUAAAUCAUGAAGUUUACGAUACACACAUAGCCAUUUUGUUUACUACCUAAAAUAACAAAUGAACCUACACACGUUUUCUGACUGAGACGUCUGGUUUCUUUCACCUCUUUUGUGAACAAUUCUGUCUCAGUAUGUAUUUCUAGAACAGAUCAUUUCACAUCACAGCCACUCUGAAUGACUGCUUACAUUUUAAUGACUGAAUUAUACAGAUCUUGUUCUCAUCUUUGGUACCAGACUAAGUUUAUAACGUAUGAAACAGCCAUUGUAAAUUCUAUUUAGUUUCACCAUUGGUUAAUCUGAGUCUGGGAAGCUGAUGUAGUCUGAUGUGUAUUAUCUUGUAUUUUGCCAUGAUAAGUCUAGCACUGUAUGUAUGCUGUAUAUUGCUAUGCAAAUGAAAUGCAGAAAAGCCCUGUACCGUAGGACUUUAUAAUCAUGUGUUUUUUUUUAGACAUAUUUUUUAAGGAUGCAUGAUGUAAAUAUAUAUCUGUAUGGGCAAACAACUGCUUUAAAAUGUUAUUAUCAUUGGGCAGAUGCUUUGGUUUGACUGAUAUUAACUGCACUAAAUAUCUGGAUUUUAUUAAUUGUCCUGCAUCUGCAAGUUAACAGAAAUGCAUGAUACUUUACAACUUACAUCAGCAUGAUACCAAAGUACAAAUAUCUGAAAUAUUUCAAAUUUAACCUGAAUGUCAGUUGACCUUUUUGUAUAAAGACACAUUUGGUGAAAACACA